CCCAUGCCGAGGUGAGCCCGCGGGAGCCGCCGCCGCCGCCGUCCCGUCCCCGCCGCCGCCCCGCGCGGCCCCGCCGCCGGCCAGGAUGCUGGAGGAAGCGGGCGAGGUGCUGGAGAACAUGCUGAAGGCGUCGUGCCUGCCGCUCGGCUUCAUCGUCUUCCUGCCCGCCGUGCUGCUGCUCGUGGCGCCGCCGCUGCCCGCCGCCGACGCGGCGCACGAGUUCACCGUGUACCGCAUGCAGCAGUACGACCUGCAGGGCCAGCCCUACGGCACCCGGAACGCAGUGCUCAACACAGAGGCCCGCACCAUCGACGCUGACGUGCUGAGCCGGCGCUGCGUGCUCAUGCGGCUACUGGACUUCUCCUACGAGCAGUACCAGAAGGCCUUGCGGCAGUCGGCCGGCGCCGUGGUCAUCAUCCUGCCGCGGGCCAUGGCCGCCGUGCCCCAGGAUGUCAUCCGGCAAUUCAUGGAGACCGAGCCCGAGAUGCUGGCCAUGGAGACCGUCGUCCCCGUGUACUUCGCCGUGGAGGACGAGGCCCUGCUCUCCAUCUAUGAGCAGACGCAGGCCGCGUCCGCCGCCCAGGGCUCUGCCUCUGCUGCUGAAGUGCUGCUCCACACCGCCACUGCCAACGGCUUCCAGAUGGUCACCAGCGGGGUCCAGAGCAAGGCCGUGAGCGACUGGCUCAUCACCAGUGUGGAGGGGCGGCUGACGGGGCUGGGUGGAGAAGACCUCCCGACCAUUGUCAUCGUGGCCCACUACGAUGCCUUCGGAGUAGCCCCCUGGUUGUCGCACGGUGCGGACUCGAACGGGAGCGGCAUCUCCGUGCUGCUGGAGCUCGCCCGCCUCUUCUCCAGGCUCUACACCUACAAGCGCACCCACGCUGCGUACAACCUUCUCUUCUUUGCCUCUGGAGGAGGUAAGUUCAACUACCAGGGCACCAAGCGCUGGCUGGAAGACAACUUGGACCACACAGAUUCCAGCCUGCUCCAGGACAACGUGGCCUUCGUCCUGUGCCUGGACACCGUGGGCCGGGGGGACAGCCUGCACCUGCAUGUGUCCAAGCCACCCCGCGAGGGGACACUGCAGCACGCCUUCCUGCGGGAGCUGGAGGCGGUGGCCGCCCACCAGUUCCCGGAGGUGCGGUUCUCCAUGGUGCACAAGAAGAUCAACCUGGCGGAGGACAUCCUGGCCUGGGAGCACGAACGCUUCGCCAUCCGCCGGCUGCCUGCUUUCACCCUGUCCCACCUGGAGAGCCAUCGCGACGGCCAGCGCAGCAGCAUCAUGGAUGUGAGGUCCCGGGUUGACUCUAAAACUCUGACCCGCAACACCAGGCUCAUCGCGGAGGCCCUGACCCGGGUCAUCUACAACCUGACCGAGAAGGGAACCCCCCCGGACAUGCCGGUCUUCACGGAGCAGAUGCAGAUCCAGCAGGAGCAGCUGGACUCAGUGAUGGACUGGCUCACCAACCAGCCGCGGGCCGCCCAGCUGGUGGACAAGGACGGCACGCUGCUCAGCACGCUGGAGCACUACCUGAGCCGCUACCUGAAGGAGGUGAAGCAGCACCACAUCAAGGCCGACAAACGGGACCCCGAGUUUGUCUUCUAUGACCAGCUGAAGCAGGUGAUGAACGCCUACAGGGUCAAGCCUGCCAUCUUCGACCUGCUUCUGGCCGUGUGCAUCGGCGCCUACCUCGGGAUGGCCUAUACGGCAGUCCAGCACUUCGACCUCCUGUACAAAACAGUUCAGAGACUGCUCGUGAAGGCCAAGACGCAGUGAGGGGGCCCCUCGCCCACGCCGCGAGCCCCUGCCUGCCGCCACUCCCCACUCCUCCACGCAGGAGGGCAGGGCUCCGCCCCCGGCUCAGAGGCCGAAACCCUGAAUUACAGAGCUUUUCUGUGUUGCUCUUGAGGACUUGGGGGAUUCUUUCUCUGUUUUGUCCUUUGAACUCCCUCGGAGGAGCGUUUGGUGGAGGUCCCCAGGGGCCAGGCCACAGACUUGGGGACGCGUCUGCAGAGGAGCCCCCAGCCCCAGAGGUGGCCCCGCAGCCCUCAGGGCUCGCCCGCUGUGGACAACAGAGGAGACGUGCCCAGCACCGCCUCAGCGUCCCUCCUCUGGCCCACGACCGACCGACCGACCGACCGACAGACCGAUGAACUGCAGCCCAAGGGGCAAGGGGCCUCCUUUGCCAGCCCUGGGUCCUCCCACCACACCGGCCAGACCACUCUCGGGUGACUCAGAUGCUCCCCCUCUGGUCUGAAGAAGGGCAGCACUGGCCUCUAGGUCCCCAGGUCCCGACCCCUCCCUGUGUCCCCCACCCUGGCCCGGGCUGCAGGGAGCUGCCUCAGGGUGGGGCCUUGGAAUGCGUCUCCCUUGAGCCCCCGUGGACACUGGUGCCCUGAAGACCCGGCGGCCUCCCGGCCCAGCUCCCUGUGCCAUUGACCUUCAUGUGUGUUUCUUACCGUCUGCCCCCACCCACGUGCCCCGGGGAGCUUGGGCCUGCCCCCCAGGAACCUGGGUGCCUUCGGAGCCCCAGGGGCAGGAGGCAGCCGUGGAGGAGAGAGGAGGUCCCUACUCCGCCCCCACCCCUUCCCUGACCUCAGGCUCUCUGGGCCUCGGUUUCCUCAUCUGUAGAAAGGAGGUGUGUGCUGGGGCAGCUGGUGACCCCGUGUCCUAGGAGGGUGUCCAGGCUGGGGGUCCAG